AUGUCCUUAAAAAUUGCGCUUCUCUGUUUGGCGCUGGUGUUCGUCGCGUCAGACGCGGCGCGCGGAUGCCCCUGCCCCAGAAUCUACUGGCCAGUCUGCGGCUCCGACGGCCUCACCUACUCCAACCUGCAGUGCAUGAAAUGCACGCGACCGGAACUUCGCGUGGUCAAAAACGGCCCCUGCGAAGUUAAGAUCGAGGCGACCUCUCCAACCGCUACC